CGGAGGACGGCCAGGCGACACGUGUGACGUACAAAAGACGGCGCUGGCGAACCGUUCAGCGUGGGUAUCCAUCUUCCGACUCCACGCAAGUUGUGACCAGCGGGGGCAUCUUCCUGUAAGGCGCAUCUUCACUUGCGCCUUGCGUGCUGUCCUAUGGAAGUGUAGAGCAGCGGGUGCGUUGUCGGCUCCGGCGUACGCCAUAUCCUAUGGCAGCGUACGGCAGCGAGCGCAUCUACGGGUCCGGCGUGCGUGGUCUCCUGCGGCAGGGUCGAGCAGCGGGCGUGUCUUCGGCAGCUGUGGCAGGCGUCACGAUGUGGGGGCGGAACGAUCCCCAGAGAUGGAUGUUCGCGGCAGCGGGCGCCGGGCACGGUCUGCGUGAAGAGGAGAUUGACGUGGUUGCGAUGGCGGUUAAUGCCGUCGUCGUGAACACGAUGAGCGACAUGUCGUCGUUCUCACACGACAUGCUGACGCAGCUCCUUGUCCAGUUGUGUGCCGCGCUGUCAUCUGGCGUUUUCCCGCGGCAGACCCCACGUUGGUGGAUUAAACGACGGACUGGUGGAACAUGGGAGGAUCUCCGCCUCUGUGAUGACGCGACGGACGAGUACUACUGCCAGAAGUUGCGCAUGUCGAUGGCCAUAUUCAAGCAUAUCAUAGCCGUGUGCGCCGCGUACGUGGAGAAGAAGGUGAUGCACUAUAGGAUGCCAUUGCGAGUGGAGCAGGUGAUCGCUUUCUCGUUGUACAGGUGGGCGUCAAGAGAGACGUACGAGAGCGGCACGUCAGCCUUGGGCAUGGGCAGGGCAACUGGACUGCAGGCCAUCCGCGACGUCACUUCGGCGCUGCUGCAGGCGUACCCCGACGCGAUCAAGUGGCCAGUUGGCCGUAGACGUGCGCAGUAUCUGCGCGCAUUCAGUAACAAGGGUUUCCCGAACUGCUUCGGCGCGAUCGACUGUACACACAUCUACAUUGACAAGCCCGCCGGCGCACGUUCAGACAACUACUACGAUCGCAAACAAAAGUUCUCCGUGCAGGCGCAGGUGGUGGUGGAUUUGGAUCUGCGGAUCCUCGACAUUCACAUCGGAUACCCCGGAAAAGCUGGCGAGCUGUUCGAUGCACCUCCGAAGAAUCUGCCGCACGGUCUCCUCAAGCGAGGUUACCUGCUAGGCGACAACGGUUAUCCAGUUGCCUGUCCAUGGAUCGUGCAAGCGUACAGAGGAAUCGACCGAGAUCCUGAUGAGGAGUGCUUCAACAAGCGGCAGAAGGUGGCGCGGGGGUGUGUGGAGAGGGCAUUCGGGCGGCUGAAGUGCAUGUGGCGUUUAUUCUUGCGCACGCACAAGAAGAACCUGGAGACCUUGCCACAACAAUUCGUGGCCGUGUGCACUCUUCACAACAUCCUCCUCGAUGCGAGGAUCGACUUCGAUGAGAACCUUUUGUGGGAGGUGGAUGAGACUGGCAUUCGGCAUAGAGUAGACUUGGGCAUUGUGGGGAACGGCGAGGGCGGGCAGCGACGGAGCACGAACGUGGAUGGGACUUGUUGCGGGAUGCGCUUCGAGACCGCCUAGCUUUGAUGUAGGACCGCGCG